AUGACUGCCGUGCAAUCUAAUCCUGAUUAUGUCUUUCUUCCAGAUAUGAGCAAAGAAAUGGCUGAAAAACUCUUCAGUGACUGUAAGUUUAAAUUCCUCCUAUUAGUUAUAAGAAAUGCAGUAAUUCUUUUGAAGACAUUUCUAAGCUACCCAUGGUGACCAGGUCUUUGACCAAUCCAGCAAAGUAUAAAUUGGGCUCAUUAGGAGCCCAUAAGAUUGAUUCUCUGAAAGCGGUGGAGAAGUAUUCUCUGUCCCCCUUAGGGAUUGGCCUUCUCAUACAGUAAGAAGCAGGGCCAGGCUGCUGAUUGGCUCCUCCAUCAAAGGUGAGUGGAUGAGAAUCAUAAAGAUUGGCUCCGCCCUCUCUUUUGUCCUCUUCUUCUGCUUGUAAUUGAAAUGAUUUUACUCAGAAAAUGAAUUUUCCUUAGUUCAUCUUCCCCGCUAAAGGUGCAUAGCUCAAAAGUCCCUGAACCAUUUGUCUACAGUUUGGCAGGGCUAUUAAGGCAUCUUUCUCAGGUCUGCAAUGGAAUGGUCAAAUUGCCCACAAAACACUACAAGAUUUUAAUAUUCCUUUUUUUUAUCCAUCCAAAAUUGUAAUGGCUGCUCUUGAAGUAAAACGAUUGAAGCUAACCUUCUGAAAAUUGAUGGGAUUUAUGGCUUUGGAAGGGGCAGCCUUGCCUGCAAAUUUCUUCCAAUUCUGCCCCAAAAUAAUAAUAAAAAAGUUGUAAAUUUCUUAUGUGUGAAAACCCAUUUUAGAAGUGUGCUGCACAAAAGCCUCUGGCUCUAUUUGCCUGUAAUUUGGUAUGCUUUAUUCACAGUGGGGUUGGGCUACCAUGCCUGCAAAUUUCAUACACUUACGUCAAAAGGGGGGAAAGUUAUAACCUUCAUUAUUCCCCAAUAAUGAAUAUGAGGUUAAAUAAAGUGCACUAAAACUCCCAAGCCAAGUUGAGCAGCCUCUGGAUUGGUCUGAGCCAAACCAGGCUAUUUUACAAAGUCCCAAACUGAGGUUUGAACACAAUAUUGAGGUUGAUGCACAUUCCUACCAGAAACCAACCCUAACGGACAUGGCUUGUUUAUCUAUUUAUGUCCAGAAACGGCCUCUGUUUUCUACAUAAUAGCAAACUGAAGUUGUAUGGUUUGAUUAAUCAGUGAUGACAUUCUAGGCUAAAUAGGCAAAAUAAAAAUGGACAAAUGGCUGGCUCUGGAUGAUGUCCAUCCAGGUUCAAAGAACUCAAAUGUGAAAUUGCUGAUCUUCUAACAAAAAAAAGUGCAAAUUGAUCCUCCAUGCCUGAGAACUGGAAAGUAGCCAACGUAACACCAUUUUUUAAAAAGGGAUACAGGGGGCAUCCUGAAAAUUAACCUGCACGACUUCUAUAAUAUAAACCUAUUGAGUUAUUUGAGAGUGUAAACAAGCAUACAGAAAGAGGGAUCCAGAUGGAAUAGUGCGCUUGGACUUUCAAAAAGCUUCUGGCAAGGUACUACACGAAAGAUUCCUGUGUAAGCUUAGCAGUUAUGGAAUAACAGAGUUCCUCUUUUGGAUCGGGAACUGGUUAAAUAGCAGGAAGCAAGGAGCAGUAACAAAUGGACAGUUCUCAGAAUGGAGGGCUGUAGAAAGUGGUGUCUGCUGCUGAUUUUAUCUUAUUUUUGCAGCCAUUUUUAAAGUUGUUGCAAGCCACUCCAAGCACUGUGGCUCAGAGGAGGAAUCUAAACACUUCAAAUAAGUGAAAUGCAUUUCUGUUAAAGAAAAUUAUCUUUAUUACUACAUGAGAGCCAACCUGCCAUAUGCACAUAUCAUUUCUGCAUGGGAUAAGCACCGUGUCCAAGUGCAUAAGUCCAAGUGUUUGGUUUAAUGAGGUACUGAAUACAUAUUUUGACUAUGGUAAAUUUGCAGAGCCUGACAAGAAAGAGUACUGAAGUAUAUAGAAUUUUGUGGGCUCACGGUGCCAUACAGAGUCUGAAUUAGGAGCAUGUGGCAAAACUGACCCAGGUUUUGAAAGAAGGCCCCAGUGAAGGUGGAUGUCUUUCCCUCCCAAUGAUUUUAUGAUCAGUAUACACCUAGACAGAUCGGCAGGCGUAUUUCAUAAACCUCAACAUCUACCUUUUUCUUGACAUUAACAGUCUGUGGGCUUCGAUAUAACAGAUCAACAGUCUCUCCAAGAGUAACCGGAGGAGUUGAAAUCUCGGGGUCUGGAGAGUGGCCAUGGCAGGCCAGUCUCAUGCGGAAUAAUAUCCAUCGUUGUGGUGCAACGCUGAUCAGUAACACAUGGCUUGUGUCUGCAGCUCAUUGCUUCAAAGAGUAAGUUUUCAACUGGAAUAAGAAAUGUAUGUACUGGUUGAAUUAUAAAGCUAAGCUCUCUUGCUGACUUGUUGAGAACAUAUGAAGCCUGCUCAUCUAGCUUACCUUGCAGAAAGAUGUCCCUGGGGAGAAAACAGGUGGGUUCUGGCUGUUGCUUUACCAGGUCCUUUAGCAGUUGCUGCUGUUCCCCAUUACAGUGGUACCUCGGGUUACAGACGCUUCAGGUUACAGACUCCGCUAAUCCACAAAUAGUACCUCGGGUUAAGAACUUUGCUUCAGGAUGAGAACAGAAAUCGCGCAGUGGCAGGGGGAGGCCCCAUUAGCUAAAGUGGUGCUUUAGUUUCAGGUAAAGAACGGACCUCCAGAAUGAAUUAAGUUCUUAACCCGAGGUACCACUGUACUGUGACAUUUUAGUGUUUUAUUGUGAUUGAUAUUUUAACUUGAGGAACAUAUCUGUCAUCACUGCACAGGACAUUAUGUUAAAUUAAGCGGGUGGCGCUGUGGUUUAAACCACUGAGCCUCUUGGGCUUGCCAAUCAGAAGGUUGACGGUUCGAAUCCCCGCAACAGGGUGAGCUCCUGUUGCUGUCCCAGCUUCUGCCAACCUAGCAGUUCGAAAGCACACCAGUGCAAGUAGAUAAAUAGCUACCACUGUGGUAGAAAGUUAAAAAGUGUUUCUGUGUGCUCUGGUUUCCGUCAUGGUGUUUCGUUGUGCCAGAAGUGGUUUAGUCAUGCUGGCCACAUGACCCGGAAAGCUGUCUGUGGACAAACGCCGGCUCCCUUGACCUGAAAGCGAGAUGAGUGCCGCAACCCCAUAGUCACCUUUGACUGGACUUAACCAUCCAGGGGUCUUUUACCUUUCCUUAAACUACCAACUGCCACCUUUAAGCUGGUCUCUGGGCUAUGCUGAAAAUGCAUAUACUUGUGCACUUUUCUUAUCUGUCACCUAAUGUGAUCCUCAGAUGAAGGGUGGUAUAGAAAUUUAAUAAAUAACAAUUACUGUAUUUUCCCAUGUAUAAGACUAGGGUUUUCCCCCUAAAAAAUAAUGUCAAAAUUUGGGGUGGGGGGAGGUCUUAUACACGGAUAGUACAAUACACAAUUUUUUAAAAAAUCAGAGUCCCCCAUGUUAUACAUGGGGACAUCUUAUAGACGGGAAAAUAUGGUAACUUUAUUGAGUUAACUUGAUCGUUUUGUUUGUGAACCACCUUGACAUUCUUGAAAUGAAAGGCGGUAUACAAAUUAUUUUAUUAAAUAAAAUUAAUAGCCCAGAGUUGUCUACUUUGACCCAGUAGACAACACUGGGAUAUUCAUUUUAUCUCCAGAAACUCAGGCAGUGGUCUUUUCCAGCACAUGAUCCUUUUUAGCUAGAGAUGCCAGCCACUGAAAUUGGGACCUUCUGCAUGCUGAGCAUGUUUCCUCCCAUGAGCUAUAGCCUGUCCACAGCAUAACAGUAGAACAAGACUUUGUAUAAAAAUCAGAAGGAAUAAAAGGGGUAUAUUAUUGCAGUGAACUCAUAGGCCCAACCUACAGGUGAGGUUUAUUUGCAUGAAUCCCAGCUCCCACUUUGUUUUUACCAAAAGCAGCUGCUGCAGGGUUGUAAUUUUGAUCUAAGCCUACCUUGUUCCUGACACCUACCUGUGAUACCUGGGGAACAAGAAUGAAUGGGAGUAGGAGCUGCCAUUUUCGUCACCUUACUGGUCUUUCACUCCACAUUGCAGUCUCUGCAACUGCUUUUGAUCUAAAAACGCUGCUGCCACAUUAGGGGAAAAUUCAGUACAGUGAACCGAAUCGUAAAAUUCGGUUUAUGAACUUAAUCUGUUCCGGAAGUCCGUACUUAAACCAAAACCAUUCUUAAACUGAGGUGCACUUUCCCUAAUGAGGCCUCCCGCUGCCGGUGCCCUUCCACCGUUCAGCUUCCAUUCAUAGACCGAGGUCAAGUUCGCUAACCGGAACACUACUUCCUGUUUUGCGGAGUUCGUAUACCAAAUAGUUCGUUAACAGGGCUGUUCUUAAACCGAGGUACCACUAUAAUUGGGGAUCAGCUGAUAUCUGAAACAUGACUCUUACCCAGAGCAGUGAUUACUCCAGGCAUAGGCAAAUUUAGCCCUCCAGAUGUUUUGGGACUACAAUUCCCAUCAUCCCUGACCACUGGCCCUACUAGCUAGGGAUGAUGGGAGUUGUAGUCCCAUAACAUCUGGAGCGCCAAGUUUGCCUAUGCCUGGAUUACUCCAUGCCAAGGUAACUCAGAUUCUAAAUAUAGGAUAUAAAUUAAGCACAUAUGCACAUUUCUACUUUGUACAGCUUCAUCUGCUUUCAGUUUCUGGGUGUGGGAAAAGGGGUUGGAGUGGUGGUAGCUGUCAAGAAAGGGGAACUAAGGGGACAGCCUAGAGUAUGGCCUUACCUAGAAAUACAUGUUGUAGAGAUCAAACAGUGAACUCACAAUAUUGUGUUUUCUUUGUAACACUAAUGUGAGUGUAAGUAUUGGAAGGGAAGAAUCAGUGGAAGAGGGAUGUAUAACCUUCCCCCCUCUUGAGAAUUAUCAUCUGUAAAUAACAUCUCCUCCCUCUGCCACAUUUAUACUGCUCUUCUCUAGUUGGGCUCUCAGCUGGGAGAUCUGAUUUGCCAAGAAGAACCUAGCAGGCAUGGGAAGGGUUAAGCAACCUCUCCUCCUGCCCACUGAUGCUCUUUUAAACAUCGUCUCCCAGUUUUUGUAUUAGCUAAUCACAUAUUGAUUUGGGGACAUGUGUACCGACAAAGAGUGCUCAGAAUCAGGGAGUCAGAUAUGAAUAAUAAUAAUAAUAAUAAUUUAUUUAUACCCCGCCCAUCUGGCUGAGUUUCCCCAGCCACUCUGGGCGGCUCCCAAUCAAGUGUUAAAAACAGUGCAGCGUUAAAUAUUAAAAACUUCCCUGAACAGGGCUGCCUUAAGAUGUCUUCUGAAUGUCAGGUAGUUGUUUAUCUCUUUGACAUCUGAUGGGAGGGCGUUCCACAGGGCAGACGCCACUACUGAGAAGGCCCUCUGUCUGGUUCCCUGUAGCCUCACUUCUCGCAAUGAGGGAACCACCAGAAGGCCCUUGGUGCUGGAUCUCAGUGUCCGGGCUGAACGAUGGGGGUGGAGACGCUCCUUCAGGUAUACAGGACCGAGGCCGUUUAGGGCUUUAAAGGUCAGCACCAACACUUUGAAUCGUGCUCAGAAACGUACUGGGAGCCAAUGCAGAUCUCUCAGAACCGGUGUUAUGUGGUCCCGGCGGCCACUCCCAGUCACCAGUCUAGCUGCCGCAUUCUGGAUUAAUUGCAGUUUCCGGGUCACCUCCAAAGGUAGCCCCACGUAGAGCGCGUUGCAGUAGUCCAAGCGGAAGAUAACUAGAGCAUGCACCACUCUGGGAAGACAGUCCGCGGGCAGGUAGGGUCUUAGCCUGCAUACCUGGUGGAGCUGGUAGACAGCUGCCCUGGACACAGAGUUAACCUGUGCCUCCAUGGACAGCUGUGAGUCCAAAAUGACUCCCAGGCUGCGCACCUGGUCCUUCAGGGGCACAGUUACCCCAUUCAGGACCAGGGAAUAGCAAUGGGAGAAGGAGAAAUAGCAGCUUGUUCAAGGAAAUAACAUUCCACCAACCAAAGUGGAGGUCCUUCUCAAAUCCUUUCACAGAUGGGUCUUCACUAGAUGCCGCUCACAUACUUCCAAAGCCUUGUGUGACCGUGAGGAUUGUAGCUUGUUGCUUUGCUUUUUUUUUCAGCUCCACUCACCUCACAGAGUGUUUGUUGUGGGGGAGGAAGGGAAAGGAGAAUGUUAGCCGCUUUGAGACCCCUAAAAGGGAGUGAAAGGCGGGAUAUCAAAUCCAAACUCUUCUCCUCUUCUUCUUUCUUUAGAAAAGAUGAAGACAACAAAGAAUAUCAAAAUGCUGAUUAGUAACAUCAUAAUCAGUUCAACAGGAGCUAGAAUACUUCUCUGCUUUCUCUUUCUGUUGUGGAUCUGCGUAUGAACAAGUCCAGCAAUGUUGUGAUUCGCUCUAAUCUGUUGCUUCUUUUCAGUUCCAGUAACCCACGCUUAUGGACUGUUAGCUUUGGAACCUAUCUGACACCUUCACUACUUGUACGGCCUGUCAAGACCAUUAUAGUUCAUGAAAAGUACCGUUAUCCAGCCCAUGAAUAUGACAUUGCUGUCCUGCAGCUGGCUAAACGUGUGGAAUUCACAAAUGCUGUUCAUCGGGUUUGCCUUCCAGAUGCAAGUGAGAGGAUUCCAUAUAAUAUAGAUGCUGUUAUUACAGGAUGGGGAGCAAUGAGUGAUGAUGGUAAGCACAUCUGCUUAGAAGAAGACAGUAUUUUGUAUGAUAAGAUUAAGGGUAGGAGUGGGAAUGUAUCUUUUGUCAGUGUUAAGAUUUAAGGAGAUGAAGACAGCGAUGGAUUCUUUAUUGCACAGGAGAUUAUGUUAAAUUACCAAUGCCAUCUUUAAACUGGUCUCUGGGCUAUGCUGAAAAUGCAUGUUCACACUUCCCUAUUCCCAUCUAAUUGUACAUGCAGUUUUUUGAACCUUGUACAGGGAGUGGCCAGGCAGGGAGCAGGGGAAUGAUAGCAGAUUGCUGAGGGCUGCUGGUUUCUGUGCAGAUGAGAAAAUGCUGAGUAGGGAAGAAAAUGAUAAUUGUAGAGGGGCAGAAACCCCUCCCCCAAGCUGUCAAACGAGAGAAAAAGAAGAUGAAGAGAAGAUGAAAGAAAUCUUCGCCUGAGUGGAAGAAGAAAUCAUGGAGUCUAGAAGGGAAAGGCUCAACUGCAGAGACACAAAUAUCUUCCCCUUUAAAUCUCUUAUAUUCAUGCAAGUUUAAGCAGCUGUGGCUAAUCUUAUAUGACACACCAUAUGCCUUGCCUUACCUAGAGCAAAAUUAUUUGAUGCACUGAUGAAUAUUUUCCGUUUAGGUGAAACCCCUAAUGUUCUUCAAGAAGCAACAGUAAAGCUCAUAGACUCCACCACUUGUAAUAGAAAAGAAGUGUACAAUGGGGCCAUAACGCCUGGGAUGAUAUGUGCUGGGUACCUGGAAGGAGGAGUAGAUUCCUGUCAGGUAUGUCCACUCUCAUCUGAUAAAAUUAAACCCCUGUAAACAAAGGUAACAUUCCUGUGGGAAGAAUAUAUUUAAAGGAACAUCACUUCCUGGUUUUGAGUACAGUGGUACCUCGCAAGACGAAUGCCUCGCAAGACGGAAAACUCGCAAAACGAAAGGGUUUUUGCUUCGCAAGACGAUUUUCCCUAUGGGCUUGCUUCGCAAGACGGAAACGUCUUGCAAGUUUGUUUCCUUUUUCUUAAAACUGUUAAUACAGUUGCGACUUGACUUCGAGGAGCAACUCAUAGCACGCGGUGUGGUAGCCUUUUUUGAGGUUUUUGAAGACUUUGGUGAUUUUUGAAGCUUUUCCAAAACUUUUCCGAAACCGUGCUUCGCAAGACGAAAAAAACCACAAGACGAAAAAACUCACAGAACGAAUUAAUUUCGUCUUGCGAGGCACCACUGUACAGUCAUACCUCGGGUUGCGAACGCUGUGGGUUGUGCAUUUUUGGGUUACGGACCGCGCUGAAUCUGGAAGUACCAGAACAGGUUACUUCUGGGUUUUGGCGCUUGUGCAUCUGCAGAGGCGCAAAAUGAGGUCAAGUGCAUGCGCAGAAGUGCCGAAUCGCGUCACGCGCAUGUGCAGACGCAGUGCUUCAGGUUGCAAACGCUUCAGGUUGCAAACGUGCCUCCCGCACGGAUCACGUUCGCAACCCGAGGUAUGACUGUAUUAGAAACCUUCCUCAAUGCCCCAUACUUACUCUUAUUUAUUAAAAAAAUAUAUUUAUAACCUGUCCUUCAUUAAUACAGAUACCAGGGUGGGGUAUAGAACACAAAAUAAAAGCAAUCAAUGAAAUAAGCAGCAAUAGAUGUAAAAACACACCAUCAAACAAAUAAAUCAGCUAAAAACAAAAGAACGGAGGAAAGGCAGGAGUCCUUGCCACAGUGAGCCCUGAACUGAGUCUGUGCUUCUAUCUCAAGGCUGGAAGGCUGGAUCCGCCAUCUGUACUGGGAUGGCUUCUCUAGAGAAGCUCUUGCUGGAGAGAAUGUGUGUGAAACACAGCAGGAUUACAUUGGCUCCAGAUGCUCCACGUGUACACACUCAAACUAAGCAUUCUUCUUUGUGGUCUCUGCAGUUCCCCAUAUGGGUUCCUUGUCUGCACACAGCACAGCACACAACUAGAGCUAAAGACUCAACUGUUUUUGGUGCAAAGAUCAAACCCAAGAGCAGAGUGGCAUACCCAGAAGGGUAAGGCCAGCACCUUCCCACUCAUUUCUUUUCUGUCUGCCUUAGCAGCAGCCAUGUCUGAGACUAAAGUCCAUGGACUGAGUCUGUCUCUCCCCCUCAUUCUUCCUUUCGUCAUUUUUUCUCCUCCUCUCUCUCUUUCCUGCCUUUUCCAUUUGUGUUUUAACUAUUGGAACUCGCGGAAUACCAGUUCUCUUUCAAAUCUUUUCUUGUUCUUACAAACACAUCCAUGUGGGAUGAAGAGGGGCCCUCUGUUUGAAUGAAUAACCACUAUGUGUCAACUAAGAACAUACAAAUACAUCCUACUACUACUCAGUAGUUUCUCUCUCACACUGGCUCUGAUCCAGAGAUACACACACAAAACCCUGAAAGGCCUGCAUCUAGCUCUGGACACAUAGAAUUGCUUCUGUUAAAAUGCCUGGCUCUUUGAUUAAACUGUUGCAAAAUUCGAAAACAGCUAUCCUGUUGUCUCUGGUUUGGCGGGGGGGGGAGAAUAACAUUUGCAAAAUGCAUAAACAUAGGUAGGGAGGGACAACAGCAAGUACAACACCUGAAUGUACUUUUAACAUUAACUUAAAAUGAAUAUAUUUUUAGCUUGAUGCUGCCCCUUUAAUCUUCUGCUUCUACUGAAAAUCAAUGUUUUAUUAAAACUCCCUUUCCUCCCCCUCUAGGGCGACUCUGGUGGCCCGCUGGUUACACCUGACACAAGAAACAUGUGGUAUCUUGUCGGCAUAGUGAGCUGGGGAGAUGAGUGUGCUAAGCCAAAUAAGCCUGGAGUCUACACACGAGUGACAUACUUUCGGGACUGGAUUACCAAAUAUACUGGGCUCUGA